GAGGGGUUAUUGAUUAUUAAAGAUCACACUAAUGAAUCUCUCCACGCGGAUUGUUCCACACUUGAAGGGCCUUUUUUUAAAAAUUUGCCUUCUGAGUGAAGCGUGCCUGAAUCAACCUCAUUAACGGAUGGCAAGCGCAUGAAUAUUAAGGCCAGAUUUAUAGAUGUUUUCAUUUGUGUUGUGAAGCUGCGACUAAUUCUCCCGCUGUAAUUGUUUCUGCAGGUGCAGACGCCAGCGCUCCGAAGAUCCCAUUUGUCUGUGAUGAGCCCCCCCGUCCGCCGGAGACCAAAGGCCUGCCCCUGUAAUUCCCUCUGAGAGGAAGAGGAAGUGAUGUCACGCCACCACCACCGCUUCGAGAGGGACUACCGGGCACCCUGGGAGCGCCGCGACAUCCGUCCGUCCGGCCUCCACAACGGCGGAGCCAAUCACAGCUGCGCCUCGGCCGUCGUCAAUGGCAACAACCGCCCGGGGCUCCUUCCCCUCCCGGUCAUCCCCUCCCUCCUCCCCACCCCGGUCACGGUUGCCGUGACAACGUCCAGUGGCGACAUAGCGGUCAAGCGCGGCGUCCCGGCUGCGGGAUCGGUGGCUUCGGCGUCCGCCAAGGUCUCGGGUCUCUCUCCUGGAGACGGACAGCCCCCCCCGGGACUGCUGCUGGCUCCGGGGGUGAGGUGGGGACAGACGCCCAUCAACCAGCUCACGCCGUGGGACACGGACGAGCCCCCCGCCAAGCAACACCGAGGCGGCGAGGCCGCGGGUCCCACCUGGGCAGCGCCGGCGGUGGCGGCGGCGAGCCAGCCGAGCCUGCUGGGCCACACCUACGGCCUCCCGCAGCCGCCCUCCUUCAGCCACAGCGCGGCCGCGCAGUCGCCCGUCGUCGGGGUCACGCCGUCCGCCCGGGGCCCGCUGCCCCAGCAGCACCCGCUGGUGACGGCCCACUUCCAGCUGACGCCGCACUCCACCCAGCAGCAGCAGCCGCAGCAGCCGCAGCAGCAGCCGCCGUCCUUGGUGCUGGGCCUGCAGGGGCAGCCUGCGUACGCCUCGGCCCAGGCCAACCACGUGGUCCACCCCAACCCCCACAGCGUGAUGGGCAACGGCCAGUUGGCCUCUCACCGCGGCCUCAUCCAGCACCCGGCCUUGCCUCUGACUAACGGACAGGCGGCGGCGGCGGUGGCGGCAGCAGCGGCGGCGGCGGGGGCGUCGCAUGGCCAGCACGCAGCCGGAGACAAUCAGGACGCUUCCAACGGGCUGCAAAUGCUGCGGACGGUUGGGAUGGGGAAGUACGAGUUCAGUGACCCGGGACACCCCAAAGAGAUGUUGAAGGAGUUGAACCAGCAGCGCAGAGCGAAAGAGUUUACAGACCUGAAAAUUAUUGUUGAAGGCAAAGAGUUUGAAGUCCACCAAAAUGUUCUAGCUUCCUGCAGCUUGUAUUUCAAGGACCUGGUGAAAAGGUUUGCCUUCGCUUUUCCCUCCCACCAGCUGUUGAUCCGAUCUGUUCUCUUCAUAGGGCGCAUUUGUGUCGCUUUUCUUUUUUUUUCUUCUUUUUUUUCUUUCUUCUUUCCCUUCCCCUCUCUCUCUUGCAGGUGUGUGAAGACUUUGGUUCCUAACACAGGGCCAGCAGCCAUUCCUUCCUCUUGCCUGCUCAAAUGAAUGUAUCUGAAACUGGAGAGGGGAGAAAAAAAAAAAAAAAAAAAAAAAAGGUCAACCCUCGUCAUUACCUUUCCUCCCCAUGUAGGGCGAUUUAACCGCAUUUCCAUUUUUAACGAGCAGCGCUAAAGGUUCCAUGACUGGGGGGGAUGUUUUAAAACUCACCAAAAAAACCCCAAAAAGAAUCACACCUUCUUACACUCCGGGUGGUAGUUCCUCGUCGGACAUGUUUUCCUGUCGCUAAUUGUUGAGCUAACGCCGAGAAAACGGCGCUUGUUUAGGGUAAUUAAAUAAAAAAAAAUUAAAAAAAGCAACUUCAGCAUCACCAACGGGAGACACUUUGAGACACUUUGAGACACUUUGAGACACUUUGAGACACUUUGAGACACUUUGAGACACUUUGAGACACUUUGAGACACUUUCACAGGUUCACGUGUUCAUCUGAUGUGGAUCCAAGUAUUCCCCGGUGUUCUGCCCCUCAUCCUGCAGAUUUUUAUUUGUCUUCCCGGGAUGUUUGUUUCCGUGUGUGUGUGUGUGUGUGUGUCAUCUACGGACCUUUUUAGUGUCUCCAGAUGUGUGUGUGUGUGUGUGUGUCAGAAAUGAGCGUGUCUCUUUUUAUCUGCCUUGUUUUAGGGAAUACCACCAGUCCCCAACGUCCUCGUCCUCACUUCAAAUCC